UUGGAUGGCUAAUAAACAUUCCAAUGGCUCCCAAAAAGUUUUUAAUGGUGGGUAAUUAAUCACCACUGUUUCCCUUCGGUGUGAAUCACUUAAGACUUGGAUCUACUUGAUUUUUGGUUUCAGGCCCUAAAAUAAUAUUUCAAAAUGAAUGGACAGCGCGGAUUUAAUAUAUAUACAUCAAGGUGGGCCCCACAGUAAGGGACCACACCGACCUCGGUGUAUCCGGGGAUCCACCGAAGCCAAGCCUUUUCAAACCUCUACUCCUAUCCUCUCACCUCCUUGCAAAAAUCUUCGUCUGCACUCCCACCUUAGCACCAGCUGAAGAUUUCAUCACAUUCUAAUACCACAACCAUUAGCCCAUUCCCAAAACAUGGCCUACCCACAAUCAGUAAUAACCAUGCCAGUUCUCAUCUGCUUCCCAAUGGCACUAGGGGCUGCAAUGGAGCUAAGAGUCUUCGACAUCAUAGCUGAAGCCGGCCCAGGAGCGCAUCUCUCCCCAUCCGAGAUGGUCGCCAAGAUGCCCACUACCAAUCCAAAUGCUGCGGCCGCACUCGAGCGUAUCCUCAGGAUCCUUGUUACCAAUUCGAUCCUCACCGUCCAAGAACCCAAGGAUGGAGAGGGCCCACGGAUGUAUGGUCUGACGGACCAAUCACGCUGCCUAGUAUCCGGAGAGGAUGGUGUGUCGUUGGCCCCAUUGGUGCAGUUUGGUCUACAGAAACCUAAUCUAGAUAGCUUCAACAACCUUGGGGCCGCAGUGCUUGAAGGUGGAUCCACACCGUUCAAAAGGACACAUGGGAUGGAAGUGUAUGAGUACGCUGAAACGGACCAAAAGUUCUGUGGGAUCUUCCAUGAGGCCAUGAGAAAUAUUGAUGUGACUUUUAUGGCUGAUGUGUUUCAAGUGUACAAAGGUUUCAGUGAAGUGAAGGAGAUGGUAGAUGUCGGUGGGAGUUUUGGGUCGUGUAUCAACCUCAUCGUUUCUAAGUACCCACACAUUCGGGCUGUGAACUUUGAUCUACCUUAUGUCAUAGCUCGAGCCCCUCAGUAUCCAGGUGUGGAGCAUGUCUCAGGAGAUAUGUUUGAAUCGAUACCAUCCACAGAAGCCAUUUUCAUGAAGGCUAUCCUUCACAACUGGGACAAUGAUCAAUGCUUGAAGCUGCUGAGGAAUUGUUGGAAGGCAUUGCCCGACGGUGGGAAGGUGAUAAAUGUAGAAUGUGUGAUCCCACCCAUACUAGGAACUGACCACGUGUCGCGCUUCACGACUGGUUUAGAUCUACUUAUGAUGGCCAGCUUUAAUGGUGGUAUGGAGCGAACGGCAUCAGAGUAUGGUGAUCUAGCAAAGGCCGCGGGAUUCGCAGAAACGAAGAUUUUUCCGUUGACCAAUGGCAGAACCGUCAUGGAAUUCUGUAAGAGACUUUCGAUCACAAGCUAACGGACCACCAUGGUGUUUGAAGUGGCUUAGGAGUCUCAUACACAUGCAUGCGACCUGGCCUGGCAUUUCUCCUCCUAUGCAAUAUGAUUUAUGUAGCAGUCUUCUUCUUCUUUUUAUUGUUGUUGUUGCUACGAGAAAUAAUCGAGUAUUGUUUGUCUGUUGUUUUAAGUCGUUUCUUGCUUUUCCAACUUGUGGUAGCGAAUUUAGGUCAUUUUAGAAUUUAUUUACAGGGAUAAUUAGGGUUGUCUGCCUUUUGGUCGAUA